AGUUACUUUGAAAAAUGUUCUUAUCUAAUGAGAGUUCAAUCUUUGCUAUUAACAUUAAAUUUUAUAAGCCUUUUCGUGUGUUCAUAUUUUUUCUAUAAGUUUCUUUUUAACAAAACUCUAGAAAAUGUAUUUUUCCAUCCGAAAGGACUUCCUAUAACUGCGUAAAAUGAAAUUAUAUUGAGUAAUUUAUUCGCACGUGAAUGAAACCGAUCAAUGUUCAUUACCUUUUUACUUGCCAUGAAUUAUAUAUCUAUAUAGGAAGGAGAGUAUAUUCGACGAUUUAAUAAAUGAUCACGCGACUCAAGUUCGUAAAUAUGUGAAAUACGCGCCACUACAUUUUGAUUAACUCAUAGUACGCAUGCAUAGACAAUUAGUAAACAACAAUGCAUAUGCUAUUAAUUAAUCGUACAUAUCGCAUCCUGUUAUUUAUAAAAUACGAUCAAAUUGAAGAUCGAUUUAUCCGACACUACUAUAUCGACCCAAUUACUAUUUAUACUCGAUGAUCUAUUUGUAUGAAACAAAGUACAAAGUGUCGGCGACCGCGAAAAUCUACCCGCUAUCGAACAAUCGAUCCCUCUUAUUGGCUCCUACAAUCAACAUUUAUUACAAUAGGAUGGCGCUUAGUAAUUAAGACCUCUUUUAAUUCCAACGAUUAAGAAGUUAAAUGAUUUUAACGAAAAAUACAAAGAUAAUGAGAAGCUAAUGAGAACAUAACGCUAAUUAAUGACAAGGCGUCGAUUGACGCCUACGUAGACUCGGCGGCCUAAUAAUAAAACUAGUCGCGAUCCAAUCGCGUUAUUAACAGGUGACGAUUGCUUGUUCUCAAUGUGGCUAUUACAAAAGAAAAUUUUGCAAAAGAUGCCGUCAUAGCUUCGGCCUAAUUAUCAUUAGAGAACUCGACGAAAAUGCUCGCUAGUAUUAGUCAUACUUUCGGAUCGUAUUAAAAAGGAUCUCGAGCAUAAGGAAACUUAGAACGAGAUCGGUAGUCAUAGGUGUUUGGAAGCUACAAAGAAAAGACGAAUAGACAAAAUGGCGGGUUACAUGCCGCCUAAUCAAAUGCCACUUGAACCAAGAUGGCAUCACUGGCCGACCUACGUCUACGAUAAGAAUUAUGGAUACGGUAUGAAUUAUUAUCAACCAAUGUUGGAUUAUAUCGAUCGAAAGAAAGAAAGAUCGAGAUCGGCGUUAGGUCGAUUGGAAGGCAAUGGAAGGAGAGUUCAACUUCCUGACCUACCUUGGUCCGAUGGUAGAUUUUUGUGGGAGGAUCAAAAAUUACAAACCUAUGACAAGGAAUCUUUGAUAAAACGAGCGAUCGACGCCGAGGAUCAAGCGAGAGAUCAUCUAUCUCGCUUUAAGAUAAAGUUGAAAGAAGCAAGCAUAUAAAUAACGUUAGGAAGUGCGUUUUCCUCGCUAAAGAAAACACAGAUCGGGCGAGCCACUUGACCUUUUCGCUUGCUAAAUUUGGUACAGCGGAAGUGAUUGUCUUGAGCGGGCAAGUAGCUAAGAUCAAAAACCAAAACGAAAAGGAAGAUGAAUGCCUAGCUCGUAACAUCUUUCUCUUUCUCAUCUCUCUUUUGUCUCUUUUCCUUCCGAUGAAAAAAUUGUUUUACUAUAACCCUUAACCCUGUAGCUCCACGGUAACAAGGACGACUAGCAAUAAAAAUAUCGCGAUAGCACGUCAAACGUUUUGUUGGCAGUCUAUUAUUUGGAGCGUUUCUCUUCAUCUUCGUCUCCCGGCUCUUGGCGUUUGCCAAGUCGCUCGAGCGAUGGACAAAAAUCCAUCUCGCGUCACCCAGACGAUCGAACGUAGAGAGAGAGAGAGUCAGUCGUGGUACGGUAGUCGAGCAACUCGAAACUUUCGGUCUAGAACAUUUCUAAGUUUAGAGAGAGAGAGAGAGAGAGAGAGAGAGAGA